AUGCAGAUCUUCGUCAAGACCUUGACCGGCAAGACCAUCACCCUUGAGGUGGAGUCGUCCGAUACCAUCGACAAUGUUAAGUCGAAGAUUCAAGACAAGGAGGGCAUUCCACCCGACCAGCAACGCCUGAUCUUCGCGGGCAAGCAACUUGAAGAUGGCCGCACCCUGUCUGAUUACAACAUUCAGAAAGAGUCGACUCUCCACCUCGUCCUCCGCCUCCGUGGCGGUAUGCAAAUCUUCGUUAAGACCCUUACCGGCAAGACCAUCACCCUCGAGGUGGAGUCCUCGGACACCAUCGACAACGUCAAGUCCAAGAUCCAGGACAAGGAGGGCAUUCCCCCUGAUCAGCAGCGCUUGAUUUUCGCUGGAAAGCAACUCGAAGACGGCCGCACUCUCUCUGAUUACAACAUUCAGAAGGAGUCUACUCUGCAUCUCGUCCUCCGUCUGCGCGGCGGCAUGCAAAUUUUCGUCAAGACUCUGACAGGCAAAACGAUCACGUUGGAGGUUGAGUCCUCGGACACAAUCGACAACGUGAAGUCCAAGAUCCAGGACAAGGAGGGUAUUCCGCCUGACCAGCAGCGUCUCAUCUUCGCUGGCAAGCAAUUGGAGGAUGGUCGGACAUUGUCCGACUACAACAUUCAGAAGGAGAGCACCCUGCAUUUGGUUCUCCGGCUCCGCGGUGGUAUGCAGAUCUUCGUUAAGACCCUCACGGGCAAAACGAUUACGUUGGAGGUGGAAUCUUCGGAUACCAUUGACAACGUCAAGUCCAAGAUCCAGGACAAGGAAGGCAUUCCCCCGGACCAGCAACGGCUGAUAUUUGCGGGCAAGCAAUUGGAGGAUGGGCGGACGCUGUCUGAUUACAACAUCCAGAAGGAGAGCACGCUUCACUUAGUGCUGCGUCUCCGUGGUGGUCAGUAA